AUGGCUACUGUUGAAGAAAAGUUUGUUCACUACCUUCAGAAGGUCGAAAAGACGGAGAAGGAAAUAGAGCGUCUUCAAGGUGAACUGGCAGCGUUGUCCAAUCCAGAACAGCUCAGCACUGCAUCCGAGGAGCUUGAGAAGUUUAGAUCUGAAAAUCAGAAACUGAAAUUUCAGUUAAACCAUCUUAAACGGUACCUAGCUGAGGAGCAGAAGCGUGUCCGGGAUUGUGCCUUGGAUGUCCGUGGUGUUAUUGAAGACAUCUUUGCUCUGGCCAUCCAUGAUGCCUUCCCGGAGAUUGCCAACCCUAGCAUCCUUGUGGUGCCUUCUGCCAAAUUUGCUGACUAUCAGUGCAACAGUUCUAUGUCAAUUGCUCAGCAAUUGGGAUCUAUACAAGGAACAAAAGUAAACCCACGGGAGAUUGCACAGACCAUAAUCAACAAUCUGCCAAAGACAUCAUUCUUUGAGAAGAUUGAGAUAGCUGGACCAGGGUUCAUCAAUAUAUCCCUGGCAAAGGAAUUUGUAGCUAAAGAGCUGAAGUUUCUGUUAACCAAAGGGGUUAAGCCACCUCAUGUUGAGAAGAAGAAAGUGUUAAUUGAUUAUUCAUCUCCUAACAUUGCCAAGGAGAUGCAUGUUGGUCACUUACGAUCAACAAUCAUUGGUGACAGCUUGGGCAAUCUGAUGGAGUGGGUGGGGCAUGAUGUUGUGCGUGUGAACCACCUUGGCGACUGGGGAACACAGUUUGGGAUGCUGAUAGCCCAUUUGAUUGAGAAGUAUCCCAACUUAUUAGAAGAGAGACCCCCAAUUGAAGAUUUGCAUGCCUUUUAUAAAGAAUCAAAACAGCGUUUUGACACUGAUGAAGAGUUUAAGCGCAAGGCUUACGAUUGUGUGGUGAAGCUUCAAUCCAAGGAUCCAUUCCAUUAUCAAGCCUGGAAAAUUAUUUAUGAUAUUUCUAUGGAAGUCAACAAUGCUCUGUACCGCAGACUUGACAUCUCACCCAAACUACAGGAGAGAGGAGAAUCCUUUUACCAGGAAAGAAUGGAGAAAGUUGUGAAAGAGCUGGCUGCUAUGGGAGCCACAAAGGUUGAGAAUGGAUGUACAGUGAUGUUUGUACCAGGCUUUGAGGUGCCUCUAAUGGUUACUAAAUCUGAUGGAGGGUUCACUUAUGACACCUCUGACAUCGCCUGCAUAAAGCAACGUUUGUUUGAGGAGAAUGCUGACUGGAUAAUCUAUGUAGUGGAUGCAGGUCAGAGCACACACCUGCAAUCAAUCUAUGCUGCUGCAGACAAGCUAGGUUGGGUUGACAAAGCAAAACAUCGAAUUGACCAUGUUGCCUUCGGUGUAGUUCUAGGAGAAGACAAGAAGAAGUACAAAUCUCGAUCAGGAGAUACAGUGAAGCUGCGGGAUCUGCUGGACGAGGGAAUCAAGCGAGUGGAGGCCCGCAUGAAGGAAACAGGAAGAGAUCAGGAGUUAACAGCAGAGGAAGUGCAGAAAGUGAAGGAGUCUGUAGCAUAUGGAUGCAUUAAAUAUGCUGACCUAUCACACAACAGAACUCAUGACUAUGUAUUCUCCUUUGACAAGAUGCUGGAUGACAGAGGCAAUACAGCUGCUUACUUGCUGUAUGCAAAUACAAGAAUCAGGUCCAUUGCAAGAAGUGCCAAUGUCAGCCCAGAGGAACUGGCUGAAGCUGCCAAGACAACUCUGGUGGAUUUGGACCACCCUGCAGAGUGGAAGCUUGCCAAGUGUAUCCUCAGAUUCACAGAAGUAGUGACCAAGGUACUGGACGACUUGCUGCUGCAUACUCUAUGUGACUACCUGUAUGAACUGACCACAACAUUCACUGAGUUCUAUGACAAGUGUUAUUGUAUUGAGAAGGACAGAACCACAGGUCAGAUUGUGCGGGUCAACAUGAGCAGAUUGCUGAUGUGUGAAGCUACAGCUUUAGUGAUUGCUACCUGUUUCAACAUCCUGGGCAUCAAACCCUUGGACAAGAUGUAA